AUGGCUUCAACAAAGCAGCCACACAUCGCCAUUGUCGGCGGCGGUCCUGCUGGUUUGACACUGGGUCUGCUACUAAAGAAGCGAAGCAUACCAUUCACCAUUUAUGAGCUUCGGCCUAAGCCUACUGAAGACGAUUACGCUCUACCAUCAGGGUCCCUGGAUUUACACCCAGACACAGGACUCGCAGCUAUCAGUGCCUGUGGGCUGGUUGAUGAAUUUAACACUCUGACAGGAGAGUGUUCCCAAUCCAACACAAUCACAGAUAAGGAUGGUACAAUCUUGCUCAAUGACGACGGCGGCGAUAACACCAGGCCCGAGAUAUCACGUCAUCUUUUAACGAAGCUCCUCCUUUCUAGGCUGCCCACGGACUGCAUUCAGUGGCAACACAAGCUACUUUCGGCUUAUGAAGGCGAGGAAGGGGGACGGUAUGUUCUCGACUUUGGCCCACACCACGGUAUGGUCACCGCAGACCUGGUGAUCGGUGCCGAUGGUGCUUGGUCGCGUGUCCGUCCCCUGUUGACCCAUAGGAAACCGCAUUACAGCGGCGUGCACUUCGUCACCCUUACCAUUCCAAACCUGGGGCAUCGCUUCCCCGAGCUUGCCGACCUAGUAGGGGCCGGAUCAUUUAUCGCCCCCGGUGACAGAAAUAUCUUGAUGUCUCAGCGCGGAGCACUAGGUGCAGCAAGAAUCUACUUGUCUAUUCAUACCUUGGAUGAGAACUUUGGAACAACCACCAGCCUCGAGCAUAUGAGCCAAUCUGAAGCGAGAGACUUACUGCUGAGUUCCACUGCCAGACACAACGAUGGGAAAUAUUUUGGAGCCUUUGGGCCAAAGUUCCAAAAACUCAUUACCCAAGGGUUCAGAGACAAUGAAGGCCCGAUAGACGUCAAGCCGCUUUAUAUGCUACCUGUAGGUCAACUGUCAUGGCAGCACAGACCGGGGGUGACAGUCAUUGGCGAUGCAGCGCAUUUGAUGACGCCCUUUGCAGGAGAAGGCGUGAACUUGGCCAUGAAGGAUGCACUUGAGUUGGCAGAUGCAAUCAACGCAGCUUGGAUUGAAGCAUCAGACUCUGAGACCGGCAAACGGAAAUUUAGAAUUGCGCUAGAAGAACGACUGGAAGAAUUCGAGACACAGAUGAUUAAUAGGGCGGAGGAGACAGCCGAAGAAACAUGGAAUAACCUGCAGAUUUUUCACGAUGAGGACGCUAGGACCAAGAUUCCCGCGCUCUUUCAAGGAUACAUUGGGGAGAAACCUCUGGAAUGA